CCCCUCGAACUCUCGCUUCCUACGCAGCGAGGGACCAAUCAGCGACCGCUGUUCUGCAGUUGCUAGGCAGUUUAUGCUAAUGAAGGCAAAGCCACCAUCUCUGCAGCUACCAUUCUGAGGUAAGCACAGGUUGGGAAUUUCCAUUAAAAUGGCAUAAUGUGGGGAAUGGACGCCAGAGGCGGGGGCCCCGGCGGCUCCCAGACACCCCGAGCCAUGGUGCCCACACUCUCCAUGUUGUGUUCGGACACAGGGAUUGCCAACAGAUGAGAUCUCUGCGUUGAUAUCCCCUGCCAGAAAGUACUUGCUGUCCAGGAGCCUCUCAUCGACACGAUGGACCCCAAGGAAGCAAACCCCCACGUAUGGCCCACAGCAGGGGAACACACAGCCAACACAGCCCAGGUACACUUUGUCCCUGAUGGUGGAGCCGUAGCUCAAAUUGUGUACAGCGAUGACCAGGAUCGCCCCCCGCAGCAGGUGGUCUACACUGCAGACCCCUCAUCCUUCACAUCCGUGGAUGCCUCGGAACACACUUUAGUGUAUAUCCACCCUGUGGAUGGAUCACAGACUCUGUUUACAGACCAGCCCCAAGUUGCUUACGUCCAGCAGGAUGCUACCACUCAGCAGGUGACUGUCCUAUUACCAGCUUCACAGAGUAUGAAUACUGCCAACCUGACUGUCCUUAGCGGAGUCCCGGAGUCUGCUCAAACAAUGUCACUGGAGCCGGUGUCACAGGCAUCGCUAUCAGUGCAUGAUCAUGGCUUACCUCCUAUGGAGGGAGCAGACAGCUCAGCAAACAUUGAGUCUCUACAGAGCCCUAAUGCUCAUUCAGAUGGAAAGGAUGACGAAGAUGAUGAUGAUGAUGAGGAUGAAGAUGAUGAUGAUGAGGAUGAAGAUGACGAGGAGGAUGGGGAAGACUCAGAAUUUGAUGAGUGGGAAGCAGAUCCGCCCCGUCCCUUUGAUCCCAAUGAUCUUUGGUGUGAGGAAUGCAAUAAUGCGCACCCUUCUGUGUGUCCCAAACACGGGGCCCUCCAUCCGAUCCCAAAUCGCCCUGUGCUAACCCGGGCACGUGCCAGUCUUCCCUUAGUUCUGUAUAUUGAUAGAUUCCUGGGUGGUGUCUAUUCCAAGCGCCGUAUUCCUAAACGUACCCAAUUUGGCCCUUUGGAAGGUCCUCUCGUGAAAAAGAUGCAGUUGAAAGAUGGAUACAUCCACCUGAAGGUAUCUCUGAACAGCACCGACUCUGACGGGAAUUUACAGGAAGAUCUAUGGUUUGAAUUGUCUGAGGAGAACCUCUGUAACUGGAUGAUGUUUGUACGGCCUGCCAAAAACCACCUGGAACAGAAUCUGGUGGCCUAUCAAUACGGACAGCACAUCUACUACACCACAAUCAAGAAUGUGGAGCCCAAGCAGGAACUGAAGGUUUGGUAUGCUGCAUCCUACGCAGAAUUUGUGAAUCAGAAGAUCCAUGACAUAUCGCAGGAGGAACGGAGGGUUUUGCGGGAACAAGAGAAAAAUUGGCCGUGUUAUGAAUGCAACCGUCGCUUCAUGAGCUCGGAGCAGCUUCAGCAGCAUCUAAAUACUCAUGAUGAAAAAAUAGAUUUGUUUAGCAGAACGAAAGGCCGCGGCCGAGGAAGAGCAAAGAGGAAGUUUGGGCCGGGGAGGAGACCAGGGAGGCCGCCAAAAUUCCUGAGACUGGACAAUACCGGUGACAACCAUGAGAAGUGCGAGUUAGGGACACAGGACUUGCUGCAUUUCCCCAGUAAGGCUUCCCAGUAUGAAGACAGUGGAGGACACUCCGAAUUGAAUGGUUUAGACCAGUCUGAACUCUCUCUGAGUGCAGCCACACAAGGCACUCUGGACCCACAGCAAGAGAACCAGCUGCUACAGCCGGUGUCACAUGAAAGUAGCGCACCGGCCACAACGCAGAGCACACUAACAGCAGAAGAAAUGCGGAGAGCCAAGCGCAUCAGGAAUGCUGCCCUGCAGCACCUCUUCAUCCGCAAGUCAUUCCGGCCCUUUAAAUGCCUGCAGUGUGGAAAGGCAUUCAGGGAGAAAGAAAAGCUUGAUCAACACCUUCGCUUUCAUGGCAGGGACGGUAACUGUCCCCUUACCUGUGAUAUCUGCAACAAGGGAUUCAUCAGCAGCAGUUCCCUGGAAUCUCACAUGAAGUACCAUAUGGACCAGAAGACUUAUUCCUGCAUAUUCUGCCCUGAAUCAUUUGACAGAUUGGAUCUUCUAAAGGACCACGUAGCUGUGCAUGUCAUUGACGGCUGCUUUAGCUGUCCAACCUGUAAAAAGCGCUUCUCUGAUUUCAUUCAGGUUAAAAAGCAUGUGCGCAGCUUCCACUCCGAGAAGAUCUACCAAUGCACAGAAUGCGACAAGGCGUUCUGCCGGCCCGACAAGCUGCGUCUUCACAUGCUCAGGCAUUCUGACCGCAAGGACUUCCUCUGCUCCACGUGUGGCAAACAGUUCAAGAGGAAAGACAAACUCCGGGAACACAUGCAGCGUAUGCACAAUCCUGAAAGAGAAGCCAAGAAAGCCGAUCGCACAGGUCGAGCCAAGGCUUUCAAGCCGCGUCUGGCCUCAACAGACUACGAAAGCUUCAUGUUUAAGUGUCGCUUGUGUAUGAUGGGUUUCCGGAGACGAGGCAUGCUGGUUAAUCAUUUGUCAAAGAGACAUCCAGAAAUGAAGAUUGAAGAGGUUCCUGAGCUGACCCUGCCUAUUAUCAAGCCCAACCGAGACUAUUACUGCCAAUACUGUGAGAAGGUUUACAAGAGCGCCAGCAAACGUAAAGCGCACAUCCUGAAGAACCAUCCAGGAGCAGAACUCCCGCCCAGCAUCCGAAAACUCCGACCGGCUGGACCUGGGGAGCCUGACCCCAUGUUAAGCACUCACACUCAGCUUACAGGGACGAUAGCAACUCCUCCUGUCUGCUGCCCUCACUGCUCCAAGCAAUACAGUAGCAAGACCAAGAUGGUUCAGCACAUAAGGAAGAAACAUCCUGAAUUUUCUUUGUUGCCGAUAACAUCCCAGGCAUCUGUGAUCAGCGCAGCUCCUGCUGUUCUUACUGCUGAUGGCACAAGUGGUGAAACUGUGGUGACAACGGACCUUCUGACACAGGCAAUGACAGAGUUGUCGCAAACACUGACGACGGAAUACCGCACUGCGCAAGGUGACUACCAGCGCAUACAGUACAUCCCUGUCUCGCAGGCCACCGGUGGCAUGCAACAGCCGCAACACAUACAGCUACAGGUGGUACAGGUAUCGCAGGCGCCGUCCCCUCAUCAGUCCCAGCAUUCCACGGUGGACAUUGGACAGCUGCAUGAGACACAGGGCUAUACGCAGCAUGCCAUUCAGGUACAACAUAUCCAAGUGGCGGAGCCAACAUCCGGUGCCCAGGCACCUGCUCAGGUAGGGGCGCAGCCUCUCAGCCCUUCUGCACAGGAAGCGGAGCAGGAUGUCAGCCCAUCACAGAUGCAACCGUCUGCUUCCCAAACCCAGUCAAACACCGCUGUGCAGCAUGCUUACCUGCCUAGCGGCUGGAACUCUUUCCGUGGCUACCCCAAUGAGAUUCAGAUGAUGGCAUUACCCCAAGGACAGUACGUGAUUGCAGAGGCUGCUGUAGGUACCCCGGUCACUCCAAUUAAUAGUGGUCAAGUUAAGGCAGUUACUCAGACUCACUAUGUGAUCUCCGAAGGACAGAGUGACUUGGAAUUGAAGAAAAGCAAUCAGUUAACCGAGGAAAUAUCUACGAACCCUGACCAUAUGGAGCAGCAAGCAGUAAAUCCAUCUCAGACAACACAAUAUAUAAUCACCACUUCUACCAACAUGAAUGGCAACAGUGAGGUGCAUAUCAACAAGCCCUGAGGGAAAGGCGAGCGCCACGAUAAGCACAUGGAAAGAGCACUUUUCCAACUGCAGCCACGGUGUGCACGGGGGUCUUUGCAAAGUCUUAGAAACCGAUAUCCCAGGGCUGACACCAUUCAAAAAAGUGAAGAUGGAAAACAGCUGAGCUGGAUGCAUUGGAGGCCAGAGAAACGCUGCAUAUCCUCUUACUUCAUGUAUCCAAACUUGUUGAAUCGGUCAGCUCAGUUACCACCGUCUUGGUGCCCGAGGCAUUAGGGAGCAUUUCAGAAGGUGCCCAACAAGUUAAACUUCUUCAUAAAGUGGAAACAA